UAUGAUGCCCCCUCCCCUCGAUAUUUUUUCCCCAGCAUGCUUUGCGCGUUGAGCAGGAAGGACAUCUUUCCGGAGAGGACACAGCUGAAUCAUACUCAAGAUCAUGAACAUGUCUGAGACAAUUGAGGAGAAGAUCCAGAACUACAGGACGGCGCCUUUUGACGCCCGGUUUCCUAACACCAACCAGACACGCAACUGUUACCAGAACUACCUGGAUUUCCACAGGUGCAACAAGGCCCUGUCAGCCAAAGACCAAGAUGUGGCCCCCUGCGAGUGGUACAAGAGGGUUUACAGAAGCCUUUGCCCCAUGAGCUGGGUUGAGAAAUGGGACGAUCAGAUAGAAAAUGGAAGCUUCGCUGGGAAAAUCUAAAAUGUUGACCGUUGUCAUUGUUCACUACUUUUUGCAGGCCCAUUUUGUUACAGUUUCCAAAGUAGUGUUGUGAGUAACAUCAGAGAGCCCCAACAUUAUUUUAUUUGGAGUAACUUAAGCUUCAAACGCACAACAAAUGUAUAGUCGACUCCUCUUUGGCAUUGGUUAUUCAAUAAAUACAGUGUACAUGUA